CCGACGCUGGCUCUGCCCAUGCAAGGCUCUCAACCCUUCAGUCUUGCCUACAAUCCUUGCAUGCAAUCCUCAGGCGCUGGCAAAAACCUAGAGCCACACCCUGAGGCCGGGCUGUUGGUUCUGUAGGAGGGACACGAGAAGCCGAGUUUUGGAAAAUGUCAAAGAGUCAGCCAGAAGAACAACCGGGAAGGGUUUUCGUGGGGGAAGGAAUCGGAGGCUCAGAAAGCACAGCGACAGAGCCCCGGUGUGGUGGCUCACGCCUAAAAUCCCAGCCCUCGGGAGGAUGAGGCAGGCCUGGAUCAUCGUGAGUUCAACGCCAGCCUGGUCUACAUAGUUCAGGACAACCUGGGCUACAGAGUGAGACUACCUCCAAACAAACAAACAAGCCCAAAGGAAAAUUCAGACUCGCAGAGAUGGUGCGAGGACUCAACCUAAUAUGCAGGAUUUUUGGAAUGUGAAUAUCUUUUGUUUGUUUGUUUUCGGUGCUGGGAAUCGGAUCCAGGGACUUGCUAAGCAAGCUAACUUCCCAACCCCUAAGACGUGGACAUCUGAGAAUAGGGUCCAGCGGGACAAGUAGGUGGCCAUUCCAGGUCCCUUUGAGGAACGUGGCCUUUCUGUGUGUGUGUGUCGGGGCGGGGGGGGGGGUCUCCGCCCAGGAGCUGCUUGCAACCGGGUCUCUGGCCCCUACCUAAGUCACCUGCUGCUGCUGCUGCUGCGAGCCAGCACCGGGACGUCCCAAACCUCCGCAUUCACUAGUCAGCUCUCGUUCGACCGCCAGAACCCGCGCGCAGACGCUGGACGCUGGUCCCAAGUCACCCACACCUUCACAGAGUGUGGCGGCGACCCCAGGACUGGGGGGGGGGGCGGUGUGAUUCGAACCCCGGAACCAGCUUCCAGGACUCCAAAUUUAGUGCCACCUCACUGUCCAGACCAGACAGCUUUCCGACGUCAUCCACCACUGAAAGGGUGGCGUCUGGCCGGGAGCCGGGAGGUUAAUCCAUGACGUCGCUGUCAGGGCCUCCCACCACCCCCGUGCUCGGCUCUGCUCCCGGGUCCUUGGGACUCUCGUGGACCGUGAGGAGCCUCCCUCUAGCCCAGUGCUAGCCGUAACUCCUCCCCGUGACCUGUCCCCUGUCUAGCUCCUGGGUGUGGGGACUCCUCCUUCUGGUGAGAGCUCAUCAUCUGGUGGAGGUGGAAUCAGAGUCCCGGGUGGGGAGGCGAUAGAAGAUCGUGACUGCAUUCUCCAUUUGGGCUAUUCAAUCUCCCUUCCCCACCAUGGCGGUGGAAGAUCCGAGGAGCCCACGGGAAACAGACUGGGAGGACAAACGCGGAGAUGGGCUGGACACACCGUUCAGGGCCCGUGGGGAUUGGGGGGGGGUUGUCCCUCGGGACGCCUCGCCCCGCCCCCUCGCAGCCCUCGCCCCGCCCGCUCUCCUCCACCUUGUCCCUCCCUCUCUCCCUCUCUCCCUCCUCCUCCUUCUCCUCCGGACUCCCGAAUCCCGCGCCGCUAAGUUUCUUCGCUCGGGACCGUGCACGGAGCCGGGGCCCGCAGCGAGCGGUGUCCCCGCGCGCACAGACCCGGGGCCGGAAUCCGGCCCCCACCGAGACAUGCUAUGCGGUUUCUGGAGGAGGUGCCGCCCCUUGCCCGAGGAGCCUUCGGUGUCAGCCCAGGUCGUGGCGCCCCUCGCGCUCCCAUCCUCGCCCGAGCCGCCGGACUGCGGCACCAAGAGGCCUGGGCUGCGGGCGCUGAAGAAGAUGGGUUUGACAGAGGAUGAAGACGUCCUAGCCAUGCUGAGGGGCUCCCGUCUCUGCAAGAUCCGCUCGCGCACGUGGCAAAAGGAGCGGCUGUACCGGCUGCAAGAGGAUGGGAUGAGCGUGUGGUUCCAGCGGCGCAUCCCGCACGCACCGUCCAAGCACAUCUUCUUCGUGCAGCACAUCGAGGCGGUCCGAGAGGGCCACCAGUCCGAAGGCCUGCAGCGCUUCGGGGGCGCCUUCUCGCCGGCGCGGUGCCUCACCAUUGUUUUCAAGGGCCGGCGCAAGAACCUGGACCUGGCGGCGCCCACGGCCGAGGAGGCGCAGUGCUGGGUGCGCGGCCUGGCCAAGCUGCGCGCUCGCCUCCACGCCAUGAGCCAGCGCGAGCGGCUGGACCACUGGAUCCACUCCUAUCUGCACCGUGCAGACUCCAACCAGGAUAGUAAGAUGAGCUUCAAGGAGAUCAAGAGCCUGCUUAGGAUGGUCAACGUGGACAUGAAUGACAUAUAUGCCUACCAACUCUUCAAGGAGUGUGACCAUUCCAAUGAUGAGCGGCUAGAGGGGGCUGAGAUUGAAGAGUUCCUGCGGCGCCUGCUGAAACGCCCAGAGUUGGAGGAGAUCUUUCGCAAGUACUCGGGGGAGGACCAAGUGCUGAGCACCUCGGAGCUGUUGGAGUUCCUGGAGGACCAGGGCGAGGAUGGUGCCACUCUGGCCCAUGCCCAGCAGCUCAUCCAGGCUUAUGAGCUCAAUGAAACAGCCAAGCAACAUGAGCUGAUGACACUGGAUGGCUUCAUGAUGUACCUGUUGUCGCCUGAGGGGGCUGCCCUGAAUUCAGCCCACAUGUGUGUGUUCCAGGACAUGGGCCAGCCCCUCGCCCACUACUUCAUCUCUUCCUCUCACAACACCUAUCUGACUGACUCUCAGAUUGGGGGGCUCAGCAGCACGGAGGCCUACAUUAGGGCUUUUGCCCAGGGCUGCCGUUGUGUGGAGCUGGACUGUUGGGAAGGGCCGGGAGGGGAGCCGGUCAUCUACCACGGCCACACCUUCACCUCCAAGAUCCUCUUCCGAGAUGUGAUCCAAGCUGUACGUGACCACGCCUUCCAGUUGUCCCCAUACCCUGUCAUCUUGUCCCUUGAGAACCACUGUGGGCUGGAACAGCAGGCUGUCAUGGCCCACCACCUUCGAACCAUCCUGGGAGACAUGCUGGUGACACAAGCACUGGGCUCCCAGAACCCUAAAGAGCUACCAUCUCCAGAGCAGCUGAAGGGCCGAGUCCUGGUUAAGGGGAAGAAGCUGCCAGCUAGGCAUGAGGAUGGCCGAAUCUUAUCCGACAGGGAGGACGAGGAGGAGGAGGAAGAGGCAGCAGUAGAUUUGGAGGUUGCAGAGCAGAGGCGGCAAGCCAAGCAGAUCUCCCCGGAGCUGUCGGCCCUGGCUGUGUACUGCUGCGCCACCCGCCUGCGGACUCUGCAUCCCAACCCCGGUGGCCCCCAGCCCUGCCAGGUCAGCUCCCUCAGCGAGCGAAGGGCCAGGAAGUUCAUCCGGGAGGCAGGGAACAGUUUUGUCAGGCACAAUGCUCAGCAGCUGACCCGCGUGUACCCGCUGGGGCUGCGGAUGAACUCUGCCAACUACAACCCCCAGGAGAUGUGGAACUCCGGCUGUCAGCUGGUUGCCCUGAACUUUCAGACACCAGGUUAUGAGAUGGACCUCAAUGCAGGACGCUUCCUCAUCAACGGGCAGUGUGGCUACAUCCUGAAACCUGCCUGCCUGCGACAACCUGACACAACCUUUGACCCCGAGUGUCCGGGACCUCCCAGAACCACUCUAACAGUCCAGGUGUUAACAGCCCAACAGCUGCCCAAGCUGAAUGCUGAGAGGCGCAGUUCCAUCGUGGACCCCCUGGUGCGCGUGGAGAUACACGGGGUGCCUGCAGACUGUGCUCAAAAGGAGACUGACUAUGUUCUCAAUAAUGGUUUCAACCCCCACUGGGGGCAGACCCUGCAGUUCCAGAUACGGGCUCCAGAGCUGGUGCUGGUCCGGUUUGUGGUAGAAGAUUAUGAUAUCACCUCUCCCAAUGACUUUGUGGGCCAGUUUACACUGCCUCUCCACAGCCUCAAGCAAGGCCCCGAUUCCUUGCUGUCCUCUCCACAGGGUACCGCCACAUCCACCUGCUUUCUAAGGAUGGGGCCUCGCUGUCUCCAGCCACACUUUUCGUCCACAUCCGCAUCAGGCACUCCUGAGGAGCUGGGAGGAGCCGUGGGUGCCGGUCUGCAUCACCUCAGAGCUCUCUGGUCCUUUGUGUCCCUCCUCCAUCCUGCUCUCCAGGUGCCCGCCUCAUCUGGGUACUGAGUGCUGCUCAGCCCCUCCCUGUGGACUGGGUCCUGUCAUGCCCUCACUGGACUUCAGUGGGCUCCAACCCUGAGGUCUUGAGGUGGCCCCAGCUCCCCUGGUCUUCAACCCAACCCCUCAUGGUGUUGGGCCAGACUUGGGGAGGAGGACACCUGUCCCUCCGCCCCCUCGUGACGUCUCCCAGCCUCCUUCCUCAAAAGGGGCGUAGCACCCACACUCCAUCCAGGGCAUUAGCAGGCCCUUAAAGCCCUCCUUCUCUCCAGGCAUUCCUCCCUUGCUCCCUUCCCCUUCCUGUCUCAGAAAAGGAAUGACGAGGUGGGAACUCUGGGGAAACCUGGCAGGUUUGUAACUUGUGUCAUAGAAGAACCCUGAAAGGGUAGAAGAGUUUAUUUUUCAAAAAUAAAGAACUGGUUUACUUUA